AUACGGGAUUCGUCGGUGGAAAAGUUCAACUUGAUAAGGCGCAAUAAAGAUGAAAAUGAAUGAUGGGAUUUGGAAAUGAUAAACUGAAAGUAGAAGCCUAUAAUUGUCUUGGUUGGAUGUGCUUGAUCAUCAACAUGCAUGUACAUUUGCUAUAGUUAUGAGCUGAUGAGAGCCAAUAUUUCCUAAUAUCUACGUUGGUAAAUAAUGACUGAUGAUAUUGUCAGUUUCUCAAGCACUACGGAUAUAAAAGAAAAAGUAUGGAGUAAAGGUGACGAAUGUUGUGUUAAGUGGCCUGGCGAUGGGCAGACGUACAAUGGUAGAAUAAAAAAACUCAGAAGAUGUCUGGAGUCUAACAAGAUAUACGCUUUGGUAACAUUUGAUGAUUUUGGAAAGGAGGAUGACGAGGAAUUUGAUAUUAAAGAAAUACAAAAACAAGAAAGAGAACCUUCACCCGCUAGAAAAAAAAAAACUUGUGAGAUAAAGAAAGGGUUGUUUCAACCUCUAACUGGUAUAGAAAAUAAUAAACGUCUAGAAGAGAAGUAUGGAGGUCUUGAUGAUCUGGAUGAAGAAUUUACAGAAAGAUCAACCAGCUAUGAAGAGAAGACAACUCCCAGGCCUUUAAUUAGAAGAAAACCAUCUAUAGUAACUGGUGGAAGUUCAAAAUCGUCAACAUCUAAACAAAAAAAACCAAAUGCCCCAGAACCAAAGCCAUCAACAAGUGGUCGACAAGUAAACAGUGAGGUUAAAAAUACGGCAAAUAGAAACUCAACAGAACCAAAGCCAUCAACAAGUGGUAGACAUGUAAACAAUCAAGCAACAAAUACGAAUAGUAAAAACUCAACAGUUGAUAUAGAUAACGACAAUGACAUUUUAGGAUUCACUGAAGAUGAUUUAGAGAAACCUGUUUUUACCAUUAAACCUUCUGCAGCUAAAGUUCCUUUUAUUUUAUCUGGAAACACGGAUAAAUCUGUCGUUCAGGUUCCUGCAACGAUCAACCAAUAUUUACGAGAUUAUCAGAGAGAUGGCAUACGAUUUUUAUACAAACAUUAUAAAGACAAUAAAGGAGCCAUAUUGGGAGAUGAUAUGGGACUGGGUAAAACAGUUCAGGUUAUUGGCUUCCUGGCUGCUUUAUUAAACAAACAAGGAAAUCGGGUUGAUGUUUUAAAACAGAAACCAUCAUUUAUUAGAAAGCUUUCAGAUACUGAAUAUAUUGAUGAUAAAAGUUGUACGAGUCCGUUCCUGAUUAUUGGACCUGGUAGUGUUUUAUAUAACUGGUUAGAUGAACUAGAAACAUGGGGAUAUUUCUCUGUUGGAAAAUACCAUGGUGUUGAUAAAGAAAGAUGUCUUGCGGAAAUAUUGAAAGGAAAAGUUGAAAUUGUUGUCACAACAUUUGAAACAUUUAGAGAGAAUAUGAAAGAAAUAUGUCGAGUAGUCUGGGAAGCUGUAAUUGUUGAUGAAGUUCAUCGGAUCAAGGAUGUAAAAUCUCUGACAACUAAAGCUUUACGAAAAAUACCAACUAAACGGAGAUAUGGUCUGACUGGAACAGCUUUACAAAAUAAUAUGACAGAAUUAUGGUCUUUAUUAGAUUGGGCUCAGCCGGAUGUUUUGGGGUUUGUUUACGAAUUUACUGAGAAUUUUGUUAAACCUAUUGAAAAGGGACAAAGGGUGGAUUCUACAAAACGAGAAUUAGCGGAAGCUCGUAAAUUAAAAGAGAAAUUUUCUGCGAUCAGAAAUGCAAUGAUGAUUAGAAGAAUGAAGACAUUGAUAGCUGAUCAACUUCCUGAAAAAGAUGAUAAUGUGGUGUUCUGUAAGUUAAGUCAUCUCCAGACCAGUGUGUAUAAAGCUAUAUUAAAUCAUCCUGAUCUACAGUUAGUUUUAAAGAGUGAAGAUCCGUGUACAUGUGGUAGUGAUAAAUCACGCGGAACAUGCUGUUAUACGAAAUCAAGCGACGGAAUGAUGACUGUUCAAGGCCUUAAACUUUCCUUCAUGCAUCUACUGAUGAAAGUGGCCAAUCAUGUGGCUUUACUAAUACCAGGAUCUAACACAAGUAAGAAUCAAAAUGUCCGAGCUCGUGAAAUCUGUGAGACGGCUUUAAAGGGUCAUCAAGAAUUUAUCAAUCUAAAAGAAGAUGCAACAUUCCGAACUCUCUCUGAUCCCAAGUACUGUGGAAAAAUGAAGAUUUUGGAAGGACUUUUACAAGUGUUUUAUAAAACUCAUUGCAGAGUUCUUAUAUUCUCUCUUUCUACCAAGCUAUUAGAUAUAUUAGAACAAUAUCUAAUCAGUUCAUGUUAUGAGUUCAGAAGAAUAGAUGGAUCUGUUAGUAACAAGAAAAGGAUGGAACUUGUUCGGGAAUUCAAUAAAAGUCCAAAUAUUUUUAUAUUUCUCAUAUCUACCAAAGCAGGAGGAUUAGGAUUAAAUCUAACAGGUGCUAAUCGUGUUGUUAUCUUUGAUCCCAACUGGAAUCCAAGUCAUGAUCUUCAAGCUCAAGACAGGGCAUAUCGUAUUGGACAGAGACAAGAUGUUAAAGUAUACAGAUUAAUAUCUGCUGGUACAAUAGAAGAAAAUGUUUAUCUUAGACAAAUUUAUAAACAGCAAUUAGGAAAUGUGGCCAUCAGUGCUGAAAAUGCCAAGAGAUUAUUCCAUGGUGUUCAGGGAAACAAAAAUAAACAAGGUGAACUGUUUGGUAUUAAAAACAUGUUUCAACUACGUACUGGUGAAUCUUGUCUAACUAUGGAUAUCUUAGAGAGAAAUUGUAAAGUAGAAGCAGGAUUAAAAGGAUAUGAUAUGACUAAAUAUAUUCCAUCUGUUUACGAGACUCAAGAUUCAUCAAAUGACAUGGAAGAAGAUAAGUUAGAUCUGAAGAGAGCCGAUAGUUCAACAGAUUCAGAUACAUUUCACGAUCUCUUUGAUUCUAAUGAUGAAAGUGAAUUGGUCACGAGAACCACCAAGAAAUCUGAGAAGUCUCCUGUAGCUGGUCCAAGUAAAACAUCCUAUGUUAAAGUGAGAAAAGAUGUCACAAGACAGUUAAAGAAGAAGACCAGUGUAACUGAUGAACCUUUAAAUCAAUCUUUUGCUUCUAUUAGUGAUGUAUUAGGUCAGAGUCAAGUAUUACAUAUACAUGAGAAUAUAAAUAUUAUUGGUACCAGUAAAGCUGAAGAUUAUAUGACACGCUGUGCUAUACAAGAAGUUUAUGAAUUACAUCAAAAUUCUCAAGUUCCUGCUGCUCAUUGUGAUCCUUUAUCAGAGCCUUCUAGUGACGAAGAACCUUUACCAAAGAAAAGGUUAGGAAGAAAAUCUACAUCUAAAACUGAACCGGAUCAUAAUACAGCUAGAAUAUUACAUCACGAUUCUACUAAUAUACUACUUGGUCAAACUCCUACAGCUAUUAAACGUAAACAUUUUGAGAAAUUGGCUGAGUUUAAAGACGGUAGAUCAUUAUUAGAGUUAGCAGUAGAAAUAGUACAAAGCUGUACAGAGGACAGAUUAAAUUUAUUAAAAUCAUUUUAUACUGCUGAACAUCCUGAACUCCAGGAGAUAUUAUCAGAUGCUAUGACUAUUCAACCCUCUACUACUGGUACAAGAUCUACAUCAACGCCAUCUAGUGGUAAACAAGAUAAAGUGAAAUUGAUAAAUAAAUCUACAACCAAAUCAGUUCGAGGUGGACGAGUUAAACAAGCUACGCCUGGUAGAAAACGGACAAUCCCUGGAGUUUCGUUUCUAGAUCCGAGUUUAUCAGAUUCCACAUCAGAUUCCACAACGCAAGAAUCGACCAUGCCAUCUGAUACUAAUCCUAGCAUUGAAGAAAGUAGUUUGGAAGUCGGCAUAAAACCAUCUCCAUUCAAACAACGGAGAAUUCAGCAAUCAAAAUCUCUAAAACUAAAAUCGGCGAAAAGAAAGAAUGUGAGACAGACACUAGAGGGCAGUGCUAAACCCAAUACAUCCGCCAUCUUGGAUACAUGUGAAGGUGACCUAGAAAUGGCAGUGUCUGGUACAGAAACAGAGCAGCAAUCAACAAACGUUAUCGGACCAUCAUGGUUGUCAACUGAAGGCAUUUUAUAUGACAACAUGGUUGUUAUAAAACCAAAUAAAACUUCUAAUUCCUCAGAAAAUGUUACAAAUUCUUCCAAAAGCGAAAACAAAAGUAAACCAAACAUGCUCGCAAAAGUAAAAAGUGAAGUUGCCACAAACGUAAAAAGUGAAGUUGCCACAACGAGUAUGGACGACCUGUUAGCAGAAAUGGCAGCAUCAGAUUCGUUAGCUAAUAAUAAAGACAUAGAAUUUGUGAAUUCAAAGUUCAUCAACAAAGUUGGCAAGGCAAUUAACACAAACAGUACAAAUUCCAAACAAAAUCGGAAAAAAGCAACAAACACAAACAUGGAAGUUAGAGAUCAGAAAAGUGGUGAAUCAGAAGGAAAAACUGCUAAAAUAAUUGUGAAGGAUUCACGGAAAGUGUCAAAAUGUGAUUAUAAAUCAGUACUUAAUGAAUUUUUGUUAAAUGAUUCAAGUGAUGGGGAUGAACCAUCGCAAUCUUCCCCUCGGAAAACAUCAGAUGAAACAAAGAGCUGCAGUGAAAGUUCACCGGAUAAAGGAUCGCAAUUUAAACGUAAAAAGCGAUCAACUGACGAUUUAUUCGCUGACUGGGACAAUUUCACUUCUUGUUCAGAUGGUAUGGGUGACUCGGAAACAAGUAUUUUGUUGAAUAAUUCCACGUUAAAAGACGACGCCAUUGACUGUUUUACGGACCCUAGAAAAUGGAAAAAAAACCCUAAAGUGAAACUAGGGGUGACUAAAACUGUCGAAAAAUUUCUUCAAGAGUCAGAUGAUGAUUAUGAGAAAUUAUUUAAAUCUGGAAAGAUGCGGAAACGUGUUACUAAACCAGAAUCGGUAAAUCAAGGUGAAAAUGAAGAUCUGAAUAACUGGAAUCCAAAUAACACUCCUAGUCUCUUCUCUUAGAAUUUUAAGUGCUUUAUUUUUUUAUUUCUUUUAAAGCAGGUCGGAAAACAAUAGACAAAAUGUCCGGCACUAAUGAAUUAGUACCUUAUAUUUUUUAACUCUGUGAUGGACACAUAUUUUAAAGUUGUUAAAAAAAACCUUGAAAAAAAACCAACAACUAAUCUCGACAAAGUGACAGGUGUUAAAGAACUUGUUCAUGACAAAUCCUGACUAUGUUUGAUUUCCUGGGUUUUUGGGGUUUAUAAGAGGAUAUGGUAUUUCACAAAUGGGCCAUGUAGAUCUAGAUAUAUGUUUAAAGGACAAUACUGGUGUCAGUCAUUAUUAGUUCAUAAGUGAUAGAACUGGUUAAACACAUUCAAGUGAUAACAGACACAUGCGAAUUAUUAGUGAAAUGAAAUUCGACCGUGUGUCUGUUAUGGCUCAUCACUUCAGUCAGUUAUAUAGAAGGAUAACUCAUGUUUGUCAUUUUUCGUGUCCUGUUUUUUUUUUUUCAAAUGUUCAUUACGCAUCUAUCGUAGCAAUGAUCUCUGUGUUAAAAUUAUAUUUGGAAUUUGUUUAACCAGUUCUAUCACAUGUGUAGGAAUGACUGACACCAAUAUUGUCCUUUAAGUAUACUGUAUUCACAUCAGUGAUAGAUGAUUUAAACUAUCUUGGAAUAUGUUUAUAUGAUGUUAAUUGAAGUUUGAGUUCUUGUUGAAUUGACCUCUUAUUAUAAUACGUACUAUGAUGGACAUUCCUACACUUUAUAAGUAAGACACAGAUAUUGAUUUUAGCAUGUUAAUUGUCUGUUUUAACUAUAGAAGAAUUUUUUAUUCAUACAUUUUUUUAUAAACCAUUUCAUUUUUAAAAUCAUAUUACAGUUUUUAUAAACAAUGAAUUAAGUAAGUUUUAUAAUCUUGGAAGGAAUAUAAAAUUUUAAUAACCAUUUCAGAUCAGAUUUUUUAGAAAUGUGCUUGAAAAUAUAUUUUUUUUAUGCAGUAUAAUGGUCUGUUCUGUGCAGUUGUUCCAUAGUGUCCUGUCUUAAACCAUUAUAGAAAUAUACAUGUUACUUAAAUAUGUAAGAUUUAGAUAAAGAUCUGACAGUUCUUGCUAUAAAAGUUAAAAACUACAUAAUGAAAAGGAAAAAUCUUGAAACUUUCGGUCACAUUACUUCAUUCUGUACUACGUUAGGGCUGUUUGAAGAAUGCGUAGUCUUGAUUGGCAUGGAUACUGUUGAUACAGUUGUAAACAAAGUCUUGAUUAUCCAUUUAUUAAUUAAAUCAUUUACCACCAAUCGUGUUUAAAUGCGUUGAAAAUCUUGAGCAGACGAUGAUGGUAUCGAGAUUUGAUUAUGGUCUUGGUAAGUUAAUUAAUGUCUAAUUAAUAAUUUAUAUAACAUUUAAGGCCUAAAGAAAGACCUGCAAUAGGAAGAUUUAGCUCUUGAAUAAAGCAUCUUUUAAAGCCAUUGUUGGUCAUUUGAGGAAUUUUGCAAACUACACUUUUGUUAAAGCUGAAUCUGUAAAAUCAAUAUGCAGUCCAAAAAUGGUUCAGUUUAGUAUUUAUAAAUCUUGUAUAAUAAAAUCAAAGAUGGAUGUCUGUAUGUAUGUACGCACCUACGGUCCUACGCCCAUCAGACAUUGUCACCGAGAUCCAUCCCCACGUGUGGUUUCAAAUUAACCAGUUUACCAGCAUGACCCUGUGAAUGAUUUAGGCCUUCAAAUUUAUGGUCCCGGGUGAAGCCAGGUAUCUUGCUUGUAUAUGAUAGAUUGAAAAUUAUAUGUCAAAUAAUCAAUUUUGUAAAUUUACUCAUACUGGGAUUAGUCUUGAAAAAUGAGAUGUUGUCCAAAAUGAAAUGAAAUGACAUUCAGCGGCUUUAAGCUUUACUAUCACUGUAAGAGCAUAACAGGUACAUGUACAAUUAAGAGCUGCAGUUAAACUGACCUCAUCCAGAGCUUCUCCUUUGGAUAAAAUAUACCUUGGGUGCUUACCUGCAAAUAAAUUGUGUCUCACGCAAAAGCUGGAUCAAGCCUAUUUUGUGGCUUUCUCUGGGAAGUUUUUUUUUUAGGAAACACUUGUCUAUGUUAUCAUCCUUGGUGAAAGUGGACAUAACACUCCACCAACGAACCAAAAACUGACAUUGAACAAAAGAAUGGUUUGUUAGUGAAAGAAAAUAUUAUAUUGUUAUUUUGUUAUUCUUUAAAUAUAAAAACUAUAAAAAAACACA